UCUUUUGGUUAACCAAACGAAGACCAAGACCAAGCUUUGGCUUUGGUUUCAGUGAAACCCUAUUGGUGUUGGUGUUGUUGUUGGAAGGAAACAAGGGUUUGGUGGGAAAGAACAAGAAAUGUAGAGAAUGUGUAGGAUAUAAAGAGAGUCAAAAGCAUUUUGAAUUUCGUAUAUUGUAUAUACACGAAUUACGAAAUGUAAGAGCAGGGAGAAAUUAGAUUUUGGUAUUGGUAGUACCUUGCAAAAUGCUAGAGAAUGUGUAGGAUAUAAAGACGUCAAAAGCAUUUUGAAUUUUGUAUUUUGUAUAUACACGAAUUAGGAAAUGUAAGAGCAGGGAGUAAAUGUGAGUCCAAUCUCUUUCUUCUUCUACCUCUUUUGUGUUCCUUUUGUAACUCUGUGAGUAGUUUAGUACUACUUGUCCACCAAGUUUCCUUUAAUGUAUAUAUCUAAAUUCGCCGAUUGGGACUAAUAUAGGAAUACAAGUUAGUAAUAGAAGCGGUACCUAUGUCGUCAGCCGUCGCCGGCGCAUGUUUCUCGAUCUCCGUCGCCGCCAAUAAUUCUCUCAAGAACUCCUCCUCCGGAUCGCCUCUCCCAUUUUCGUCCAUCGCUUUCAUCCCUUCCCGCGGACGACGCAGUAUUACUCUUCAGCGGCGGUGUUACGUUGGAUCCAAGCCUACGAUCCUCGUUGCUGAGAAGAUCGGUGAGGAUGGUUUAAAGGUGUUGGAGGGUUUCGCGAAUGUCGACUGCUCGUAUAACAUGACCCCCGAGGAGCUGUAUACUAAGGUCUCGCUCUGUGACGCUUUGAUCGUGCAUAGUGAAACAAUGGUUGGCCGUAAAGUGUUUGAAUCGUCUCGCGGACGGUUGAAGGUUGUCGGACGCGCUGGUGCUGGGCUCGGCAACGUGGACCUGAGAACAGCCACGGAGUUUGGGUGUCUGGUCGUCAAAGCGCCGAGGCCCAACAGCAUCGCUGCCGCUGAGCACGCAAUCGCUCUUAUGACUGCCAUGGCCCAAGCUGAAGCCAAGGCUGGAGAUGAUCAGUUGGAGAUGAACAAGCUUGUGGGAAAGACCCUUUUAGUUUUCGGAUUCGGGAAAGUUGGGGCCGAAGUUGCUCGCCGUGCCAAGGGCCUUGGUAUGCGAGUCCUUGCUUGUGAUCCAUUUGUCGUAGCAGACCGUGCACAUGCCAUUGGUGUUGACUUAGUCAGCUUCAGCAGCUUGAGUAAAGCCCUCGCCAAUGCAGAUUUCAUUUCUCUGCACUUGCCUCUUAAUGUAAGAACAUGGCUAACACUAUCAGACCAUCGCUUUCCCUAUAUGAAGAAAGGAGUUUGCAUCGUCAAUGUUUCUCAUGGAGGUCUCAUCCAAGAAGACGGGCUAGUGGAAGCUCUGGAUUCUGGUAUUGUUGCUCGGGCUGCAAUUGAUGUCUUCACUGAAGAUUUACAUGAAUGGUAUAAAUACACUAAGCUUCUGCAGCACGAGAGGGUCACUGUGAUACCUCAUCUCGCAGCCAGUACUCAGAAAGGAGUUAGCACUGAUCUUGCUGAAGCUGUUGUUGGAGCUCUGAAUGGAGGAGGAGAGCUUGCUGCUACUGCACUCAAUGCACCUAUGGUUUCUCCUGCGGUUCCAACCGAGCUGAAACCAUAUGUGGAACUAGCCGAGGUUUUAGGAGAUUCGUUAAUGCAAGUGGCGUCCAGAGGAGUUGGCGGUUUGAAAAAUGUGAAAAUCACAUACGCCUCAGCACGGGCUACUGACGAUCUUGACACCAGACUUCUACGAGCCAUGGUCAUCAAGGGAAUCCUCGAGCCAAUCUCCUCUGAGUUAUAUGUCAACUUGGCCAACGCCGAUUUCAUAGCCAAGCAGAAAGGUAUGAGGCUCUCAGAGGAAUUUGUGUUCUUGGACGGGUCACCAGAGAGCCCUUUGGAGACAAUAACCGUUCAGCUAGACAUCGUAAAGUUCAUGUACCCAGAGUCCAUUUACCCCCGAGCGGACUUCAAAGUGGAAGGAAAGGUUAAAGACGGACUCCCGUAUCUGAUCAAGCAGGGACGUAUUAAUGUGGAAAGUAAUUGUGUCGUAGGGCGCAUAAUGUAAUCAUGGAUUUUGUAUCACAAGAGGGACUUCUCGUGGUUAAUCAGUUUCAUCACUCUAUAUAAAUAAAAUAUAAAAAAUCCAUGUUCCACAUAACAACAGCUUAUAAGCAGUCCAACUUUGUAUUUACGUACGGCUGUCAAUAUGACCAUCCUUAAUAAGAUAUUGGUAUUGCGUUGUUGAGACUUUGUUACAGUACUGUUAAGGCUAGAAAAUUCCCAUGUUGCAAGAAUAUUCUAUCAGACUUUGUUUAUAUAUAUACUACUAAAAUGUUACAUACAAAGAUUACAAGUCAAAUUGCAAAAGGCAC